AUCUGGCGGUUGUCCAUUUCUUACAAAAUGCUUGUGCUCGUGAUCAGUUCCGAUUUUAUGCUAAAGAAAAAAACCGUUCAUGAGAGCAUUACAAACAGUUUCCACUUUCCAAACAAGAAACAUGGACCGUUGGACGUCUCUAUGCCCAUGGAGGCAUGGACCAUGGUUCCUACGAGCAGAACGAAAUUUAGUGCCCAGCAGGCAGAUGCGUUCAACGGUGAUCUUAAGAGAUAGUUUUACGUCAAUUAUAAACCAUCUGGUGGAUUCUUAAUAUUAUUAUUGGAUCAGUAGACAAACAUCACGGAUGACGUUGUACGAAGUUGUCGAAUUUCUCUCAUUUUUUUUAAUAGUGAAUUUCUCUCGUUGACUCUACUGAAGUCUGCAUCUCUCCCAGCAAGAUAGAAUUUUCUCUCUCUGCUUACCAAUUCCUCACAGCCUCCGGCGUCAAAAAAAAAAUCAGGAAAGAACAGAAGGAGGAAGCAGCUAGCCAUGGCGACGUCGAUCGAGCUGACCAGGGAGUACGGCUACGUGGUGCUGGUGCUCGUGGCCUACUCCUUCCUCAACCUCUGGAUGGGCAUCCAGGUCGGCAAGGCCCGCAGGAAGUACAAGGUGCCCUACCCCACCAUGUAUGCCGUCGAGUCGGAGAACAAGGACGCCAAGCUCUUCAACUGCAUCCAGAGAGGGCACCAGAACUCGCUGGAGGUGAUGCCGCUCUUCUUCGCCAUUCUGCUGCUCGGCGGCCUGCGGCACCCGGCCGCCGCCGCCGGGCUGGGCGCCCUCUACAUCUUCUACUUCACCGGGUACGCCACGGGCGUCCCCCGCAACCGCAUGAGGAUUGGGGUGCGGCUCAGCAUCGUGGCGGGGGUUGGGCUGAUCGGCUGCACGGCGUCGUUCGGCGUCAGCCUGGUCGUCAGGAAGACGCCCUGAAGUUCUAAAGCUCCAUGGGACUUGUGCUUUGUAGGCAUUGGAUUAUACGUAAUCCGUUCUGCCAGACUGCCACACCGAAAUUGUACAUGAUUCUCAGCUGUGAAUCCACGGAAAUUUCGAUGUUGUAAAGCCCCAGAACAAUGAUCAUUGCAUGCUACGUCGUACAGAAAUGGACACAACGGAAACCUUGUCAACAA